CCAGCCCCCUUUUCCCUUGUUGUAGCCGAACACAAUCACCCAAAAACCUGCCCAAACCCAUGUCACAACCCCCACACUUGUUCCCCAUUAUGCUCUCCAUUAUAUGUAAGGAAACAAGCUGCAAACAAACAAGACAUAUUGGCCCACCUUGGCAGCAAUCCCACUCACCUUUGCAUCUCCAUAAACCACCUAUUGCAUCCCUCCAAAAUAGCCAGCCCACUCACCCUUUGUACCCCCUGCCUCGCCGAAACAACCCACCCAAAAACCCCCAAAAUAGCAGCCCACUCCACCACAAUAAUAACCCAACAAUAGCCCCACAAGCCAGCCCCUAUCUCUGAUUUCCUCCCCCACCAAAGGACUCAAAUAAGUGGUUAUUAUUCCUUUAAUUUGUGUGAAUAAGAGACUUGGUAGUCUCCCUUGUUUUGAAUAAGAGAUUGUAUUUCCCAUUUCAGUAGCAAUACACUUGUGUGUGUUCUAUUUUAAAUUCCUAUUUCUAUAUCUUAAGAGUGGUUCUCUUAGGUGUGAGUUAUAGGUUCUAGCUAUUUGAAUAAGUGCGUAAUAUCUUAUUUGAAUACUAGAUUCACCCCAAGUAAAAGAUAAGAGUGUGUAAUAUCUCUUAACACCUGCUUGGUUUAUUCCCCCCUCAAGAAAACAACUAAAAUAUAUACUUCCCUCCUCCACUUUAUUUCGGCCACCACCCCAAGAACCCAUCCCCUUCUCAUUCUCCCCUCUCCUUCCUUAACCACAAUCACCCUGAACUUCCUCUCUCUUGUUCCAUACGUCCCAGCCCAAAACACCCACAAAACAGCUUUUGCCCUCUCAUCCAUUUCCCCUUGAAGUUGAGCCUAACAUUUGGUAUCAGAGCUUUGUGUUGCCCAUCCCUCAAGGACCAUUCACACAUCUCUAAAAGUAAGUUGUUCAAGCUCAAACUCUGUCCUUUGUCACUCUCCAAAAACUCGGCCAGAACCUACACUAUCUCCCACUCCCUCUCCACUUCAACUAGUCAAAUGAAUCCCAAAACAUGUCUUAUGAAGAGCUCAUUGCCUCCAAUGCAGCCUUGAAAGCCCAAGUAGAGUACUUGGCUAAAGAGGUAGCCAAACUUACAAAGAUGAAACUCAACGAGCUACAAGGAAGUGACCGCGAAGAAGACGUUAGCUCUAGUGGAACCAUGAAGCCUAAAGCCAAUGAAGGUUCUGACUUCAAAGUUGACAUUCCAACUUUUGAAGGGAAGAACGACCCGGACGAGUUCCUCGAGUGGUUAGAAACGGUGGAACGCGUCUUUGACUUCAAAGAUGUUUCCGACGAAAAGAAGGUCAAGAUAGUGGCCUUAAAGUUCCAGAAGUAUGCAUCGACUUGGUGGACUAAUACGUGCACCAAGAGGAGAAGGAACGACAAGGAACCGGUGUCCACAUGGGCGAAGAUGAAGUCUCUUCUAAAGAAGAAGUUUUUACCCGCUGAAUAUGUUCGUGAGAAUUUUGCUAAGCUUCAAACGCUUAGGCAGGGUUCUAAGUCUGUUGAAGAAUACAACCGGGAGUUUGAAGAGCUCUUCUUGAGAUGUGACUUACAAGAAGAUGACGAACAAACCUUUGUUCGUUACCUAUUUGGCUUAAACCUACAAAUAGCCCACACGGUGGAGUUGCAAAGUUACGACUCUCUCAAAGAACUCACGAAGUUGGCCCUCAAAGUUGAAGCUCAACAUAAGAAAUCCAAAGCCUUUUUCUCCAAAAAUAACAACCCUUCCCCACGGCCUUACUCCUCCACAUCCAAACCACCUUACCCUUCACCAAAAUUACCUUACACUACCCCCAAAAACCCCACUACUGCCCACGACCAAAACCCCUCCUCCUCCUCCCCAUCUACCUCCAGAAACCCCUCCUCUUUCACACCCCGGGCUGAUCCCACAAAGAAAGCACCUAAGAAGAUCACCCUUACCCCUUUACCUCCUCCCACACCCACGGCCAAACCAAACAAGGAACAACCUCCCGUUCUUAUCUCCACUAUCCUUCAAGCGGAACAACAUGAAUUCAAUGGGAUUAAAGAUUUGAUCCUAUUGGAAGAUGGAGAAGCUGAACCAUCAAACUGCCCGAAACAGCCUCAUCCCUUAGCCGAGCCUAUCAUCCUAGAAUAUGCCCAUGUUUUCCCUAAUGAUGUCCCACACGAGCUUCUGCCGCACGCCGAGUUUGCCUACAACCGAACCCCGAACAAGACUACCGGACUAUCCCCAUUCACGGUGGUCUAUGGUUCGAACCCCUUGACCCCACUUGAACUUGAUCCGAUCAUCAUGGAAACCAAAUACAGUUGGGAGGCGGACAAGCGGUCAAAGGAAAUCUAGGACCUUCACGCCAAGACCGGGAGGAUGAUAUACCCCGAGUAACCACCAACGACUCUAAAGUCCUUAAACAAAUCAACGGAAUAAUGGCCAAGUGUUAUGAUCCUUUUUGGAGUGAAUUUAUCACCAUUAAAAAUCAUGACCUAACCAUAAUGUCCUUGGAUCCUUCCCCACCUUGAGGCCGAACCCCAACCCUGGCCAAAACCACCACACCCUAAGUAUCCAAACCAACCUUUAAAAACACAACCCAACCCUCCUNCCCUUGUUGUAGCCGAACACAAUCACCCAAAAAACCUGCCCAAACCCAUGUCACAACCCCCACACUUGUUCCCCAUUAUGCUCUCCAUUAUAUGUAAGGAAACAAGCUGCAAACAAACAAGACAUAUUGGCCCACCUUGGCAGCAAUCCCACUCACCUUUGCAUCUCCAUAAACCACCUAUUGCAUCCCUCCAAAAUAGCCAGCCCACUCACCCUUUGUACCCCCUGCCUGGCCGAAACAACCCACCCAAAAACCCCCAAAAUAGCAGCCCACUCCACCACAAUAAUAACCCAACAAUAGCCCCACAAGCCAGCCCCUAUCUCUGAUUUCCUCCCCCACCAAAGGACUCAAAUAAGUGGUUAUUAUUCCUUUAAUUUGUGUGAAUAAGAGACUAGGUAGUCUCCCUUGUUUUGCUAUCUAUAUUUCGGCCAUAGGCCUUGUAAAAGGGCAGAUUGUAUUUCCCAUUUCAGUAGCAAUACACUUGUGUGUGUUCUAUUUUAAAUUCCUAUUUCUAUAUCUUAAGAGUGGUUCUCUUAGGUGUGAGUUAUAGGUUCUAGCUAUUUGAAUAAGUGUGUAAUAUCUUAUUUGAAUACUAGAUUCACCCCAAGUAAAAGAUAAGAGUGUGUAAUAUCUCUUAACACCUGCUUGGUUUAUUCCCCCCUCAAGAAAACAACUAAAAUAUA